CGUUCACAUUAAACAGACGUUCCCCGGCCUCCAGCAGCACAGCACUGAAAACCUGCAGCAGAGCAAAGAGCCAUGAGGGAAAUAGUUCACAUCCAGGCGGGACAGUGUGGGAACCAGAUCGGGACCAAGUUCUGGGAAGUGAUCAGCGAUGAGCACGGCAUCGACCCCGCGGGAAACUACGUUGGUGACUCCUCUCUUCAGCUGGACAGAGUCAACGUCUACUACAAUGAAGCGUCGUCACAUAAAUACGUCCCCCGGUCGGUGCUGGUGGACCUGGAACCAGGAACCAUGGACAGUGUUCGCUCAGGCGCCUUUGGACAACUCUUCAGACCAGACAACUUCAUCUUCGGUCAGACAGGUGCAGGAAACAACUGGGCUAAAGGUCACUACACGGAGGGGGCGGAGCUUGUGGACUCGGUCCUGGAUGUGGUCAGGAAGGAGUGUGAGCACUGCGACUGUCUCCAGGGUUUCCAGCUGACUCACUCGCUGGGAGGAGGCACCGGCUCCGGGAUGGGAACCCUGCUGAUCAGCAAGAUCCGGGAGGAGUACCCGGACCGGAUCAUGAACACCUUCAGCGUCAUGCCCUCGCCUAAGGUGUCGGACACCGUGGUGGAGCCCUACAACGCCACCUUGUCCGUCCACCAGCUGGUUGAAAACACAGAUGAGACGUACUGCAUUGACAACGAGGCCCUCUACGACAUCUGCUUCCGCACUCUUAAACUCACGACGCCCACCUACGGCGACCUCAACCACCUGGUGUCGGCCACCAUGAGCGGCGUGACGACCUCCCUCCGUUUCCCCGGGCAGCUCAACGCAGAUCUUCGCAAACUGGCUGUCAACAUGGUCCCUUUCCCUAGGCUUCACUUCUUCAUGCCGGGGUUUGCUCCUCUGACGGCGAGGGGCAGCCAGCAGUACCGAGCCCUCACCGUUCCUGAGCUCACCCAGCAGAUGUUCGACGCCAGGAACAUGAUGGCGGCCUGUGACCCUCGCCACGGCCGCUACCUGACCGUGGCCACCGUCUUCCGUGGGCCCAUGUCUAUGAAGGAGGUGGACGAGCAGAUGCUGAACGUGCAGAACAAGAACAGCAGCUACUUUGUGGAGUGGAUCCCCAACAACGUGAAGGUGGCCGUCUGCGACAUCGCCCCCCGGGGGCUCAAGAUGGCCGCCACCUUUAUUGGCAACAGCACGGCCAUCCAGGAGCUGUUCAAGAGGAUCUCGGAGCAGUUCUCCGCCAUGUUCCGGCGGAAGGCUUUCCUGCACUGGUUCACUGGCGAGGGCAUGGAUGAGAUGGAGUUCACGGAGGCGGAGAGCAACAUGAACGACCUGGUGUCCGAGUACCAGCAGUACCAGGAGGCCACGGCCAACGACGGAGACGAGAACUUUGAGGACGAGGAGGACGAAAUCAUCGAGUGAGGAGACGCCGGGUAAAGCUCAUCACGAUACGCCAGAAUAAAACCAUCGUCACUUUAGCUGUUUCUGAAACAUUUACACAACGAGUCUGUUGACAAUAAAACAGUUACUUUAAUAUGUAUUAAUUGCAUUUUAAUUGAAUCAGUAAAACUUUUCCACGGCUUAAAAAGUCUAAUUAUAAAAUGGACGUUUCUGCCAUUUUUUUUUUAGUAAUCUUUUUGUAAAGUUGUGAUUUUUGUUAUUUAGGCAGAUAAAAUCAUUUUGUUCCAAAGCACUACUGACAAAUGUUCUCAAAGUUCAUGACAACCUUUUUACUAAGAACUUAUUUGCUUUGAUUGAGGAGGUUGAUGCUGACGAAAAAGUUAAUGUUAAACCUGGUUCCCACUAACUUCUAUUUACAGCGAUUGCAGUCCUUCUGUGUUUGUGUGUACGACUAACUCAACCCCUUAUUGAUCGUAUCAGAUUUAGGAAUGCAAAGAAUUCACAGCGACUGCCUAGUUUAAACAGCUGAUUACUAGAAUUUAAAGACGUGCACAUUCAGAAAGACUCAGUGAAUCAUAAGUGAUGAUAUUUUAUUGUAGAACAUUUACUUUCUAGCCCCUUUGACUGUGUUUGAGUGUGUUUGUUUCUUUUCAGAUUGUGAUUUUUGUACAUGUGAACACAACCCAACUGGCUGAAGAGAGGUUGAAAUAAAAGCUUCUGCCAAGGCCUCA